AUGGGAAGAGUCAUUCGCGCUCAGCGUAAGGGUGCGGGUUCGGUCUUCAAAUCCCACUCUCAUCACCGUAAGGGUCCGGCGCGGUUCAGGCCUCUGGACUUCGGCGAGCGCAAUGGGUACCUGAAAGGAGUGGUCACGGACAUCAUCCACGACCCAGGGCGCGGCGCCCCACUUGCCCAAGUCACGUUCCGUCACCCCUUCCGGUACAAGCACCAGAAGGAGCUUUUCAUCGCCGCAGAAGGGCUGUACUCUGGCCAGUUUAUCUACUGUGGUAAGAAGGCCAAUCUCGUUGUUGGUAAUGUUCUUCCUCUCAGAUCUCUUCCUGAAGGUACUGUCGUCUGCAACGUUGAGCACCACGUUGGUGACCGUGGUGUUCUCGCUAGGGCUUCUGGUGACUACGCCGUCGUUAUCAGCCAUAACCCGGAUAACGGGACUAGCAGAAUUAAGCUCCCAUCUGGUGCCAAGAAGAUUUUGUCAAGCAACUGCCGAGCUAUGAUCGGUCAGGUGGCCGGUGGGGGGAGGACUGAGAAGCCGAUGUUGAAGGCAGGAAAUGCAUACCACAAAUACAGAGUGAAGAGGAACAGUUGGCCUAAAGUUCGUGGUGUUGCCAUGAAUCCUGUGGACCAUCCCCACGGUGGUGGUAACCACCAGCACAUUGGUCAUGCCAGUACCGUGGCCGGAGAUGCUCCACCAGGGCAAAAGGUUGGUCUCAAUAGUGCCAGGAGGACUGGUCGUCUAAAAGGACAAGCUGCAGUUGCUGCUUCCAAAGCAGACAAGUCUAAUUAG